AUGGGACACAGAAACAAUGUAACUGAAUUUGUCCUCCUGGGCCUCACUGAGGAUCCCGAUUUGCAAAAAGCAUUAUUUGUGAUGUUUUUACUCAUCUAUGUCGUGACAAUGAUGGGCAACCUGCUCAUUGUGCUGACGAUUUUUGCCAGCCCCUCACUGGGUUCCCCCAUGUACUUCUUCCUUGCCUAUCUGUCACUCAUGGACGCUGUGUAUACCACUGCUAUUUCACCCAAAAUGAUUGCAGAUUUGCUUCGUGAAAAAAAGUCUAUCUCUUUUCCAGCAUGCAUGGGACAAAUGUUCAUAGCACACUUCUUUGGGGGUGCUGAGGUCUUCCUUCUGGUGAUGAUGGCGUAUGAUCGCUAUGUGGCCAUCUGCAAGCCACUGCACUAUAUGACCAUCAUGAAUCGGCGAGUUUGUAUCCUGCUCUUGGUGGUGUCUUGGAUUGGAGGGUUUUUACACUCCAUGGUACAAAUUGCCUUUUUGUAUGAUCUCCCUUUUUGUGGCCCCAAUGUCAUCGACCACUUCAUCUGCGACAUGUACCCCGUACUCGAACUUGCCUGCACUGACACCCACUUUGUUGGUCUAUUUGUAGUUGCCAAUGGCGGAGCCAUCUGUAUGGUCAUCUUUACCCUUCUUCUAAUCUCCUACGGCGUCAUCCUCAAUUCCCUGAAGACUCACAGUCAGGAAGGCAGGCGCAAGGCCCUGUCUACGUGUAGUUCCCACAUCAUGGUGGUGGUCUUGUUUUUUGUUCCUUGUAUUUUCAUGUAUGUUAGGCCCGUUGCUACCUAUCCCAUUGACAAACCUGUAACAGUGGUGUUUACUGUGGUAACUCCAUUGUUGAAUCCUUUAAUAUACACCUUGAGAAAUUCAGAGAUGAAAAAUGCGAUGGAAAAACUCUGUGCCCGAAAACAGAUGACUGGUUAA